AUGGGCCACGGAGACGGCAAUAGUCCAUUUCAAACAUUGAACACGUCCAAGAAUUUCCAUCUUGUGGGCUAUUCUUACGCAUUUCUAUGCUGGGGCGUGUUUGCCAUUUAUUGCAUCAUGUAUCAAAUUGAUCGUUUCCUGCUGUAUCGAGCAAGGCGUCAGCGUAUUGCAUCAGGAGGGAAUAUACAAGCGAAACCGUUUUCAACGUUUUCAAUCUUUGCACCGUUGGCACCGAUUGGCAACUAUUGCAUCAAGAUUCCCUUUGUCACAUCCUUGAUACCUAUCAAGCAUUGCGUCGGUGUAUUUGUGUUUAUUGUCAUCAACCUGAUCUGGAUGCUGUUUGCUCCUUUUGCCAUCUCGGAGGGCCAAACAUUUAGCGUACAAUCCAUUGGUCUUAUGGAUCGUCGUGCUGCUUACGUUGGCAUGGUCAAUUGGAGUAUCGUCUUUGUCCUUGGCUCAAGAAACACCAUCAUCACUCGCAUGUCUGGUAUGACAUUCGAAGGUCUUAUUCCAUUCCAUCGAUGGCUUGCACGUAUUGGAUUUGCUGAAUUUGUACCUCACUUUGUAUGGCGCAUUAUCCAUGGAUACCAACAUGAGUAUAUUGUCAAGGAUGCAUUGUUUAGAAACAUGGAGCAAGGCACAGGCACCAUCGCCAUGAUUGGUUUCCUUCUCUUAUUUGUCACCUCUUUUGAAUUCAUUCGUCGCAAUUACUUUGAGGUGUUUUAUUACUCGCACAUUGUGGGUAUCAUCAUUGCUAUCAUUGCUUCUUGCUGGCAUGAGGCAGGAUGCUUUUAUUACUUCAUUCCAACUGUCCUCUUAUGGUUCUUUGAUCGGUGCUGGCGUUCAUAUCAAUCAUGGUUCACUCCUACCAAGCUUGUGCAAGUGGAUCCUGUGGCUGGUAAUCCUAGUACGGCUUCCAAAGCACCUGAAGGAAUCACACGCGUCCUCUUUGAAUACGAACGGCUCAAGCAUUAUCAACCUGGCCAAUACUUUUUCCUUACCCUUGUCAACAAGACUCGCAAUCGCUUUUGGAACUAUGCCAAUUGGCAUCCAAUGACCCUUUCGGAAGUGUUCCCUGCAAGAGACGAUCCAUUGACUACCAAGGACAAUGGCGAUGCCCAAUUGAAUGAAAAGAUUGCUGUUGAGGAUGCUGUUGCUGUUGGUGGCGGUGGUGACAAGAAGGCGCAUGACGACGCUGGUAGCACUGGCAACAGCAGUGGUAGCGGUGGCAGCAGCUUUGUGAGCAAUCUACGUCGACGCAACAUGCAUGAAGAUAUGGGCUCUUUCCACAUGAAGGCAUUGGGUGGUUACACGCGUGAUUUGCUGCUUGAAUCAGCUGGCAAUGAGGAAUUUGAAUUUCGCAUGGAUGGUCCUUAUGGUCCUCGACUCGAGUAUCAAGAUUACAAGGUCAUGGCUUUGUUUGCUGCAGGUAUCGGUGUCACCCCUGCAUUGACACUCGUCAAGGAUUGCGUUGAACGAAGAGCUGCUGGUGUACAUACCGUCAUCACUGAAAAGGUGCAUCUCGUCUGGGCGUUGCGCACGAUUGAUGAGUUGGAUGCCUUUGCCGAUCAAAUCGUCUAUUGGACUGAACAAUGUCGACAUGCUGCCGAGCCAUUGGAAUUGGAUAUUGAUCUCUAUUUGACACGCCCACCCGAAGACAAGAGUACGCAUCAUCAUUGGCUUCAAGACCUUUCCGGUGUCCGUGUCACUUUUGGUUCUCGACCCGAUAUUCCUCUUUGCAUCGAACACAUCGCAGCCAAUGCUAAUGGUAGCAAGGUGUGGCUCCAUACUUGUGGUUCGGAUGAUUUCAUGCGUGACAUUCUCAAUGAAGGUAUCAAGAGACAAUGGUCAACCCAUCGUGAAACCUUUGAGUUUUAG